AUGCUUUCCAUCAGCUCUCCCAAUGUGUUCUCCAUCGUUUUAUUUGUAAUAUCGGGAUUUUCACUUCCAGUUCACAUAUUUGGAGGUUAUUGUAUAUUAUUUAAAACUCCAUCGUAUAUGAAAUCAGUUAUAUGGUCACUUUUCAAUCUUCAUUUUUGGGCAGGCGCUUUGGAUUUAUCUUUAAACUUAUUUGUCCAGCCAUUUCUGUGUUCUCUUGGCUAUGCUGGUUACCUUUUAGGAAUUUUAAACUUUACGCCAGUGCCUACGGAUGCUCAAAUUUUAGCAAUAAGAGCUGUUUUUAUGCUAGUCCCAGUGUCAAUAAUCUUUAUGUUCGAAAACCGUUAUUUUGUUCUGUUCGGCCAAAACAGCUUUUGGAAAUAUCUCCGUUACCCAUUUUUAAUACUCAACUUCUUUAUUGGACUGAUCACAUUUGUUCCAACUUUUUUAACCGUUCCUCAAGACCAUGAGAAUGCAAGACGUCAACUAUUCAAUUUAUACCCAAACGCCUGUGAAUACGUCCCCGACAAAUCGCUAAUUUUCGUGAUAAAUUUUUAUGAAAAAGGUUGGGUAAAACUUGCAGGAAACCUUACGACAUACGUGCUAUUUGUGGAGAUUAUAGUUUUCGUUGUGGCGCUCAAAGUGAAGUUGAACCGAAUUUCAAAGGCUUCAAUGUCGAGUGUCACUCUUCGAAUGCAGAAGAAAUUCAUUAAAGCUUUGAAUCUACAGAUCAGUAUUCCUGUUCUAAUAUUUUUCGCACCAUCAAUUGCUGGCCUUGUCCCAGGCGGUGAACAGAAAACGGAAAAUCAAAUGAAGAAUAAUUUACUGAUCAUCUUCACGUCAUUUCACGGAGCAAUAUCUACAAUUCUAAUGAUUUAUCUGCAAGAACCCUAUAGACAGUUUUUUCUAGCGCGCUUUGUGUGCCACAAAGACGUAUCCAUGAACAGUGUUACUAUGUUUUAA